AUGAGAUUGGUACCAGCGCUUACGCUGGCUACGGCCGCCUCGGCCAUCGUCAUCCCCCAGGCCUUGGACGAGUUCAACCACCUAAAGAACGACAUCAAGCACACCCUGGAGGAGCUGCCCUCUCGGAUCGCCGGAUCCGUCGAUGAGGCUGUCGAGCAUCUCUCCUCCGAAAUCUCCAACGCCGUCCACAAGAAGCUUGAGGACCCAGAGGUCCACGGCCAUCCCACCGAGGCACCUAUCGACCUGCUCGGACUGGAUCUGUCGGAUUUGACAAUUUGGGAAAUCCUCGAGAAGAGCAAUCAUACCAAGGAGUUUUUCAAGUUGGUCGGGAAGCACGACAAGUUUGGCAAGCUUCUCAACAGCACCGACGCAAACUACACCCUCUUUGCGCCUAUUGACGAGGCGUUUGAGCACAUUCCCCACGACCACAAGCCCAGCGAUGAGUUUGUUGAGAGUGUGCUCAACUACCACCUCGGCCUUGGAGAGUACCCUGCUGGUAGGAUCCUUUUCACACACACUCUGCCUACCGCUCUGAACGAGCCAUGGCUGGGUGGCAACCCCCAAAGACUCCGAACAAGCGUCGGCUUCAACGGUGUCAGAGUCAACCUUUAUAGCAAGGUCGUCGUCGUAAACAUUAAAGCCAAGAACGGUUGGAUCCAUGCUGUCAACCGCAUCCUCGUCCCUCCGCCCAUGAUCGGUCGGAUCAUCAGCCUCUUCCCCGCCCAGUUCUCAACCCUGCUGCUCGCUUACGACAAGACCGAUUUCGUCAAGUACGUGCACAACGUCAAGAUGAACGGAAGCACCGUAUUUGCCCCCUCCAACAGUGCAUGGGAGCGUCUUGGUCCCAAGGCCAAUGCCUUCCUCUUCAACACCGAGACUGGCAAGAAGUACCUCACUGCUCUGCUCAAGUACCAGAUCGCCCCCAAUACCACCGUCUACAGCGACGAGAUCUACUACGGCGAUGAAGAAGCCAAGGGUGAGCAGCCCAAGAUCAACGGCAACUUCCACAUCGAGCUCCCCACCCUCCUGGAAAAGAGCCUCGGAGUCGACAUCCACACCUGGAAGAGCUGGACCUCUAUCGUCGUCAACGGCAACGUCGCCGUCGACUUUGAAGACGGAAUCGGCAAGAACGGCGUCAUCCACGUUGUCCGCAGCGUUCCCCUCCCACCCUGCCGAAAGGGUGGUACACGAGCCGUGGUCGGAGAAAUCAGCGUCCAGGAACUGAAGGAGAGACUUCGACCUUAUGUUGAGGGUGAGGAGGAGAGUGAGGAGUGGGAUGAGGAGGAGCUCUGA